AUGUCAUUACAGCUAUCAUAUUCUAAAUCUGGUUUUCUUUAUAACGUGAGUUUAUCAUCACUUAUGAUGGUUUCAAUGGCAUAUAUGAUCAAUGUUUUACAGAAUGAUUUGAGGAAUGGUUCAGAAAAAGUGUCAACAAUGUAUACAAUUGCUAUCUCAGUUAGUGGAUCUACUUUUUUCUUCAAUAAUGAUAGUGUUUUGCCAAAGCUAAUAUUUAUACGGAAAAUGCAACGUAAUGUUACAGAAGUUUUACAUAAUUUCUCGAAAUUUUUCUCUUGGCCAUUGCUAUUAAGUAUUGCUUUUAUAAGUUCGUGUACAGUAUUUAAUGUAUUCAUGGGUUUGAAACCGUUUAUUCUACCAAAGAAAGAGCAAAAAAAACAGGUGUUUGAAUUCAUUUUGAGGAUCGUUAAAGACGUUUAUAUAUUGGUCAUGUUGACAAACUGCGUCACCAAUCUCAUUACUGAAAUGAAAAGAACGAGUAAAAUUAUUUACAAACUCGUAGCAGCAUUUCCUAGCCAAAUUGCAAUCAGACUGGAGUUGGAACAAUUUUCAAUUGAAUUAUUGCACAGAAAAGUAAUGCCAUUUACUGCUUGUGGACUGUUUUCACUAGAUGCUAGUCUACUAACAUCAGUUGGUAGAGUCAUUUUAACUUAUAUAGUUCUCCUCAUUCAAUGCCAAUUUUAUGAACAGAAACCAACUAAACAGGAUAACUUUAAUGGUAAUUAG